GUAAAGGUGUAAACAACAGAUGGGGCCGGGUUGGUUGAUACAGAAGGCAGUGAAGACCAGAAAACCAAAGCUUAGGAAUUGCAGGAGAAAUGGAGCAGCAAUUCGAAAGUUCAAGAUGCUAUUGUAUUGAUGGAAGAGAUGAGAGAGAUGUACAAUUGAAAGAAUUUUCUUGUUACAAUCCAGAAUGAAUUCACUCUCCUUACUGCUUCUGUUUUAAGCUACCAUUAAGUCGGUUUAGCUCCUUUAUCUAACUAACUAAUUGACAGCUCAUACAACUUAACCAACUCACAAUUGCUUAACCAGCUCCGGUAACUACCGUAACCAGAAAUUGUAUAUAUCAUUGGUCUUUGCCGGUCGGAAUUUGGAAAAUGGUAGGACCUGAACGCCCCCAGUUCGUUCUGUUUGGCUCAUCCAUCGUACAGUUUGCUUACAGCCAAGACGGUUUUGGUGCAAUCCUCACUGACAUCUAUGCUCGCAAGGCUGAUAUAUUAUUGAGAGGAUAUGCUGGUUGGAACUCACGGGGUGCUCUUCAAGUCCUGGAACAAGUUUUCCCCAAGCAUGCAGCCGUGCAGCCUUCUCUAGUUAUAGUUUAUUUUGGCGGUAAUGAUUCAAUGAGACCUGACCCAAGUGGUCAAGGACCUCAUGUUCCUCUUGCAGAAUAUGUGGAGAAUAUGAAGAAAAUUGCCUUUCAUCUUAAGUCUCUUUCGGACAAGACUCGUGUACUCUUCCUUAGCACCCCUCCUGUGAAUGAGGCUCAAAUUUGUGAAUUUUUUGGUCGAACAUGUGAUCAGCUUUGUCGAACAAAUGAAUCCUGCCGAAUAUAUUCAGAAGCCUGCAUAAAAUUGUGUCGAGAGUUGGAUAUUAAGGUUGUUGAUCUCUGGACUGCACUUCAACAGAGGGAUAAUUGGCUGGAUGUCUGUUUUGUGGAUGGAAUUCAUCUGUCAUCGGAAGCAAGCAAGAUUGUGGUGCAGGAGAUAUUGAAGGUUCUCAAAGAGGCUGAAUGGGAGCCAUGUCUGCACUGGAAGUCAUUGCCAACUGAAUUUUCUGAGGACUCACCUUAUGAUGUCAUUGGUCCAACUGGUGACACGAAGAAUUUUGCUGACCUCAACCUUCACUGGCAGAUCCAGUGGGAGUAAGGAUAAAGUAGUCUGUUGGUUCCCUGUUCAACCCUCUGCCAUGAAAGCCUUGAGACAGGAUUGUUUUGUAUCAUUUUCUGCCAUUUAUGUCAACCCUUUGGUUGUAUUAUAUUCUACUUGGAAGUCUCGAAUGAUCAAUUGACUCAACAGAAAACCAAUUAACUUUUGCCAUCUGGGAAUGAUCCACCCUAUAAUCUUCCAAUGACAAAAUCACUUCUUGCUUGCCAUA